AUGCUCAAUCUAUCGGAGGUGCGACGCAAGCGACUUAUGGAUACUGCGUGGCAAUUGUGGCUCAACUACCUGGGUGUUACCGGCGAAUUAGGAGAGGCUGCCUGGGGGCAUGCAUCGACCGAGCCGAUUCGGGCUACUCGAACGCUGAUGGAUUUGUGCGAUGUGAAGUGGAUACAACAGCGUGGAACUACCUCAUUGUUAGCCUACCUGACCGGGCCAACCACGCGUGGACCACGUCCAAGUCGGACCAAUCGCGAGGCUGAAGCGACCGAACAUCGGUUACGUCAGUUCAUGUGGGCCGGUUGGAGCACACUGUACGAACCAAACGAGGGUCGAGAGAGCAAAGACCCUUUUCUCAAGCCACUUCUGGGUCAUUAUUUGACCAGAAAUAUCAUCUUGGAAAGUGGUGCAUUGUUUUCGCAUUUUGUCCUGUCCCCUCAGUUACGUUAA